UUUAAAUAUUAAAAUGCUCAAUGCUUUUGAGGUUAUUAUUAACUAACUUCUUGCUUCCUUUUUACUUUGAUUUAUGAAUGUGAUGUGAAAUAAAACUGAUAUUAAAUUAUUAUGAAUUAAAUAAAAUGGACGACGAAAGUAAUUUAGAUGACCCUCAAAAAGAGAUAAUAUCUACAAAAGAGAUAACCUCUUUAUUAGAUGCUUUCGAUUUUCUUAAAUCACCAAAAGAUGGUACAAAAGUAACUGGUGGUCUGAAAAUAAUUUCUCGCCUUCAAGUAAAUGAGAAUGAGAAGAAUUUACAAUACACUUUAAAACGAUUGAUAAGAAGUCUGGGUGCAAAUGUACCAGAACUGCGCAUGGGACAUUUUGCGACUCUAGUGUGUAUGUUGACUAGAUUUAACCAGAUAACUGUAUCUCAGUUGUUAGAUUUGGUAAAAAAGGAAUUGCACGCCAGUGGCUCCUCUAAAAGUGAAAUUGGAGAUGUAGCUCUAGGUCAGAUAUUAGUGUGUUGUGCUGUGUUCCGUUCUGGUCUGAUGUUAAAGAGUUCAGAUGAAGAACAAAAAGAAGUAAUGCAGCUUUUACAUACCGCUAGCUGUAAAAAAAAUUAUCUACAUACUGUAGCAUGUCAUGUUAUGCUAGAUUUAGUUAAUCAGCUAAAUGAAGACCAAUUUGCUACAAUUGUGUGGUCAAACAUAAAACAGGAAUAUAAAAAGGAUAUUAAGGACCACACGUUGGAUUCUCUAUAUUUCCUUAUGUUGGUCAGUGCAAAAUUCCCCCAAAAAGUAAAGCUAAGAAAACUCAUUGGUGUUCCUGAGAUACUGCAUGAAGAUCAUAUCAAUGAUAUAUGUGAAAAGUUAAUGACAGGAGUUGACUUGAAUUCCGUAAGUCAUCCCAUCUACAAGGAGAUUGGAGUUCAAAUUGCUAAGUCACCACAUAUUCAGUUAUUUUGGAAUAAAAUAGAUGGAUACCUUGUAAAACACAAUAGAAACAGAGAAUUAGUAUCUUUAAACAUAUUGAACUCAAUUUUACUCAAUUUACAAGAAAAUGUUGCAGUAAUACCUGAUUUGCUUAGUGAUAAUUUUUUUAAAUUGUUCAUGGACUGGUUUAAAGGCUUGCAGACAGCAAGCAAAAUCAGGAACAAGAGAGAUGAUGAGGAUGAUAAUAAAAUAAUGAUAACAAAACAAAAAGAGGUGCUUCGUGCUUUACAGCAAGCUCUGAAGAGUAUAGCUGUUGAUAGUAAAAUUAGAGUUGCUACACUCAAAAAGUUGCUAUUUCAUCCUGGUGAAAUAAAUUUCACUGAAAUCACAGGUUCUGCUGUUGUCAAAUGUAUUAUAGCAGAUUUGGAUGCAGAGGGAUUGAAAAAAAUGGCUAAAGUUUUAAAAAAAGUUCUCUUAAAUACUUCAAAAAAAGUUGUUAAAGAAAAUGUAGAGAGAAAUUGGUAUAACAAUGAAAAAGUGAAAGCAUCUGAGCUCAUUUCUUUCAUUGUCACUCAACAAGCUGUUAAAAAUGAUGCAGAUUUCCAGAUCACAUAUAUGCAACUUUUGAUGUGUUUUGGGUUUUUCAAAAUUGGUGGAGAUGAUAAUGUUGGAGUCAGUAGUGAAUUAGCAGGUUCCAUAAAGACUAGUUUUUACCGCUGCUUCACAUCUCGUUUUUCAAAUGUAGAUACUUUGGUUGAAGUUUUAUCUGCACUCAACACAUUCAUAUCCAAUAUGAUGACAAAAGAUAAGGUUAAAGAAAAACUUGAAAAGCAAUUUCCAAAAGAGAAUAUGGAGUGUUGGGAAAUGCUUACAGAAGUCUGUGAAAAAAUAGAAAAAAAAGAAAAUAAAUCAAAAGUGGAUAAGGUUUUCCUUAUUUUGCUAUAUCAACUAGGCCUCUUUUUAUUUUCUGAGCCUACCCAUGUUAAGAUUGCGCGAAGUUCUAUAAUAGAACUAAAAAGUUGCUAUAACCAUUAUAAAAAAAACUUGAAGAAACAAAGAAAAGCUGAGGAUACUUCCAUAAACGAUGAACCAGAAUGGAUUGAAGUAAUGGUGGAAGUCUUACUAUCUGUUUUGUCAAUUGAAUCGAGUGUACUUCGAUCAGUUGUCCAAUGUGUUUUCAGACUACUUUGGGAAUAUUUAACCCCCUCAAGUAUUGGUCAAAUUGUGUCAGUCUUAGACCCAGACAGUGAAGCUAACCCUCUUACGCAAGAUAGUGAAUCGGAAGAGGAAGAUGAUGAUGAUAAUACAUCAGAAGUGGCUGCGAUAGAAGCUGACGAAAAUACAGAACUUAAUGGUGAAAAUAGUGACGAUAGUGAUAGCGAAAUGGAAGAUGAAGAUCAGGAUGAAGAUCUUAAGACGCCUGACCAACUUCGCCUUGCAGUUCAAAAAGCAUUAGGCACAGCAGCUGCUCCAGACAGUGACGCAGAAAGUGCAGAUGCAGACAUGCUAACUGAAGAAGAAGGUAAAAAACUCGAUGAAGCUCUAGCAGACGCUUUUAAGCAAUUUCAUCAAGGCAAAAGUAUAAAAUCCAAAAAGGAUCGCAUAAAUAAGAAAUCUUUAGCAGAUUUCAGAAUAAGAGUGCUGGAUCUAAUAGACAUAUACUUGGAGAAGAGCCCUGCAAUGGAUACAUGCUUAGCAAUGAUUGUCCCUUUAACUAGAUGUCUUGAAUUCUGUAUGCAAGACAAUCAGUUUAAAGAGUUGGAAAAUAGACUUAGGAAAACUGUUAAAAGUCUUACAACAAUCAGAAAAUUUUCUUCUACAGGUGAUGUUACUGUUGAAAUAUUAGACGAUUAUUUGAAAUCUAUCAUUGAUAAAGGCGAGAGGUCUCAUUUUAUGUAUCAAGCACUUGGAGAUAUAAUAACUUUUUUUACUGUAUUUGUUAUUAAUUGCUCACAAAAACUAGAUACAGAUGUUACCAAAGCGUCAAAGAAGCAAAAACGCAUAUCGCCAAUUGUUGAAACUUUAAAAGUAUCUUUAGAAAACUAUUUCCGUAAUCGCAAUUGUUUACUUCCUGUUAUUUUUUUCCACAAUGUCUUGCAAACAGAAUGGGAAGGAAAGUAUAAAUUAAUACCUAUUCUAAUUAAAAACGUUUUCGAUAAUACAGUGAGACAGUUUCGACGCACUGAGGGCCUUAAUUUAUUAAUUGGAUUUUAUCAUGCAUUGAAUAGGUGUAAACCUUCUUCAGAAGCAACCAUUAAUGAAAUUUCGAAUGUUGUGAAAGAUUUCCAUGAUGUAUUUGCACAAUUACUACAAUCGGGAAAUGAAGUAGAAAUGAAUUCUAACUUCGUGGCGAAAUUGAAGAAAUUACUUCACACAAUGGAUAUAUUCCACCAACAUUACAAAAUUCAAACAGAUUUUAAAUCAAUGUUAGACUCAGCAUCAGUCAAGGCUAUCAAAGUUAAACAUGAUAGUAAAGAGAACCCUAUUAAAACAAACGGUCUAAGGUCAAAAAAGAAAAAGAAAAAUAAGCGGAAAAUGCCGCAUAUUAAUGGUGAGCCAUUAGAGCCUGAUGUAAAGAAAUUAAAAACAGGGACCGACGCAUGAUUGUUCUAAUUUCAUAAAAUAUAAUGAAUACAAUAAUAAUUGCAAUGUUUGCAACGAAAUAAACGAAGUAAUUCUCCACAU